AUGUCCAAAUUCGCUGCUCUUUUGCUAUUGCCAUUGGUCUACGCCUUUCCAGCUCAGAACGCCCACGAUGAUCUGCUAGUACAUACUAGUUUAUUUUCCGUGCAAGGUGUGCCAUGGCCAAACACGACAGACAUUCGUUUCUUUGGUGGAAUACCCUAUGCUGAGCCGCCGGUGGGAGCAGCACGUUUCCGACCUCCCAUCACAAAACGCCCCACGAACCAAACUAUUGACGCAUCGUGGUUUGGACCAUCGUGUAUCCAGUACAACAAUGGUCAGAAGACAGUGUAUUCAGAGUACCUGAAGGGGUUUCUUCUCACUCCUGGCCAGCAGCAGAGCGAAGAUUGCCUAACGUUGAACAUCUGGGCUCCGAGAGAAAGCCAUGUUUCAGAGCCGCUGCCGGUCAUGAUAUGGAUUCAUGGCGGUGGAUUUACUUCGGGGGGAGCUGCGAGUCCCUACAAGUAUGGGGAUCGACUUGCAAAGGAUCAGAACGUAGUCGUGGUGGCUCUCAAUUACCGACUAAACAUCUUUGGCUAUCCAAAUGCCGCUGCCCUAGAUGGAACAUACCUCAAUCCUGGUUUGAUGGAUCAUCGCAAGGCCGUUGAGUGGCUCUACAAUCACAUCAAUGCUUUCGGCGGAGAUCCGGAGCGUAUGAUAUUGUUUGGACAUGGAAUGGCUGUGGACAAGUACGCAUAUGCAUAUCCCGAAGACCCUAUCGUCGCAGGCUUCAUUGCCCAAUCUGGUACUGUAUCUGGUGGAAACUCAGACGACGCGACGAACUCAAACUUUACAUAUGUCGCCUCGCAAAUAGGUUGCGGAUCGUCCGACAAAGACAAGGAGUUCACUUGCAUGCAGAACGCAAAUGCAAGUGUCAUCAUUGAAGUCUACAACAAGUACAACACAUCCGCAAAUGGCGGAAGAUCACUAUCAUUCAGUCCAGCACCAGACGAGCUCACGAACUUUUCCAACUAUACUGACCGCCAGAUCCGCGGGCAAUUCGCAAAAGUGCCUACCAUCUUGUCACAAGUGGACAAUGAAGGAUCUUCUUUAUUGCCCUUCGUUCCGACCGGACCCAAUCAGACCGCCGUAGACGCAUUCACACGCAGCAUCGCAACAUGUCCAGGCGCAGAAGGAGCUCUCGCCCGAAAGAACUUCAAAGUGCCCGUCUGGCGCGCUCGUUACUUUGGAGAAUGGUCAAACCUCAACCCUUUCCCAUGGCUUCGCGCCUACCACUCAUCUGAUAUCCCAAUGGUCUUCGGGACUUCAGACCUGCUCGCGCCCAACACGCCGACCGAAGCUGAGACGUCAAAAUACAUGCAGAGCGCGUGGGCUACUUUUGCAAGGGACCCGGAGCAUGGGCUCAGGUGGCCGACCUAUGAUCCAGAAACCGAUACGCUGGUAAAGCUGGGAUUCGAAAAUAAUACACAGGCAGUACUGGGGCGUGGAAACGAGUUUGAUGGACUGUGUUAG